ACAACAACAACAACAACUCUUUUAAAAUAAGAGUCUUCUUUCUCUCUGGAACUAGAUUUUCUUAACCAAACCUUUGUUUUGAACCCGCUCAAAUAAAGUUUAUCAAGGCGCUGAUCUGUGUUACGUCAGACAUUGUGAGCUGGUAAAUGUCCCCAGAUGUAAUAAUAAAUGAGACAACAUAUUAAUAACAGCGAUAUUAAGAAUCCUACUACUAAUCGUGAUGUGUGAUGAGGAGGAGCAGGUGGCUCGUGAGAGAAGCGGACACACGGCAGUGGUGGACGGGCAGUAUUUAUAUGUCUGGGGCGGAUAUGUGUCAGUAGCACAUGAUGAAGUUUUUUUACGAAGUGACGAGCUUUGGCUGUAUGACUUGGAAACUGGUUUAUGGAUAAAACAUCACAUGUGUGGCACGAUUCCCCCGUCUAUGUCAGGGACGUGUGGCUGCAUUGUAAAUGGAUACUUGUAUAUAUUUGGAGGUUGCUGUGAUAAUGGACAGACAAAUGAACACUACUCUGUCAGUCUCCAAGAUGGAAAGUAUAUGUGGAGGAAGUUGACACGAUAUCAGUCGGGGUCUCUGCCAUCGCCGCGAGAUAAACUGUCCUGCUGGGUACAUAAAGGAAGAAUGAUCUACUUUGGGGGAUACGGACACAAACAUCUGAAUGAAAUCACUGAUCCGAAGAGCUUUGUGGUUGAUGAAGCAUCAUGGGCUGAGGAGGUUUUCUGGGGAUGGAAUAAUGAAAUUCAUCAAUUUGAUCCAGAAAACUGCAGCUGGACUGAACCACAGACCUUUGGUCAUCGUCCAGCUCCACGCGCGGCUCAUGCUGGUGCCACGAUUGGUAGUAAAGGUUACAUAUGUGGUGGAAGAAUAAAGGAGACAAGAACCAGUGAUAUGUUUUCUAUGGAUUUGAAUUCGUGGACAUGGUCAGAAAUUGUACCGACCACAGCAGUGCCUUUAGGCCGAUCAUGGCACUCGUUGACAGCCGUGUCUGAUACUUCACUCUUUCUAUUUGGUGGGCUUAGCGUGGACUGCAGACCUAUGAGUGACAGUUGGAUAUAUAAUCUGGAGACACAAGGAUGGAAUCAAAUGGAAAAUCCAAACCAAGAUAAACCUCGGCUGUGGCACACGGCUUGUGAAGGCAGAGACUCAGAUGUAAUUGUGUUUGGUGGAAGUCAUGAUUAUAUUCUUUUAGUGGAUACAAUUAUAUCAUUUUUAUCGAAGGGCCAUUCCAAAGAUGUGCUUGUCUUUCAAACUCAGCCAUACUCACUGUUAAGAUUAUGUAAGGACUUCAUUGCAAGCCAUGCCCGUGUUUUCCAGAACCAGAUUCGCCAUUUACCACCAAAACUGAGAUUUGCUGUGCAGAAAAGGACAACUUUCUUUAGGCCAACAACUAGAAAGCUAUAAAAUGUUUUUAAAAGAAGUGAAAUAAGUGUUAAAAUAUAACCUACUGCACAAUUAAAACGUUUACAUUAUGGUAAGCAAGUUCUCUUUCAUGAUUAUAAAAAUAACUGUUGGAAUACUAGAAUAUGUUUAUACUGGAGCGUUGCAAAAUAAUCCUUAUAUAAAUCCUUGUUUUGCGUUGGUCAGGAAUAUAUUUAAAUAUACAUUUGCUGGAAACUGGAAAAGUGUAAAUGUUAUUCAGUAGUCACUCAGCUCAAGUUUCAUGCAACAUUUCAUUGGUAAAUCUGUGGUCUAGUUUGUUUAUAACCUGAAUUGUUCCAUACUGGCCUUGUGUUAUUGUCUCUAUAGUGAGAAAAACACUGUGUGUGUGUGUGUGUGUGUGUGUGUGUGUGUGUGUGUGUG